AUGGUAGGAUUGGAAUUCCUAGACCUUUCUGAUAAUAAUAUAUCGGGAACUAUCCCCAUGUCUCUGGAGAAACUUCAAUACCUGAAGUAUUUCAAUGUUUCUGUCAACAAAUUGCAUGGCAUUCUCGGAUGUGGAACUGCCAUUGCAGUUAAAGUGUUCAAUUUGCAACUGGAUGCGGCAUUCAAGAGUUUUGAUUCAGAAUGUGAAGUUUUGCGUAGUCUUCGCCAUAGGAAUCUCGUAAAAGUCAUUACUAGUUGUUCCAAUCUUGAUUUCAAGGUUUUAGUGCUCGAGUAUAUGCCUAAUGGAAGUCUUGAGAAGUAUUUGUAUUCGCACAACUUCUUCCUUGACACCAAGCAGAGACAAAGCAUAAUGAUAGAUGUGGCAUGUGCUUUGGAAUAUCUUCACCAUGGGUGCUCGUUGCCUGUGAUUCACUGUGACGUGAAGCCUAGUAACGUCUUGCGGGAUGAAGAUAUGGUUGCCCACCUAAGCGACUUUGGCAUUUCAAAACUGCUUGGUGAAGAUCAGGGUGAAUUAUACACUAAAACCUUAGCAACAUUAGGUUAUAUUGCGCUAGAGUAUGGACUGGAUGGACGAGUGUCAGCAAAGUGUGAUGUCUACAGUUAUGGGGUCAUGUUGCUUGAAACGUUUACCAGGAGAAAGCUUAAUGAGUUUGAGGGAGAUCUUAGGUUGAAGCAAUGGAAGGAGCUUGAUGUUGUGGCUUCAAUCAUGAAUGUUGCAUUAGAUUGUUGUGUUGAAUCUCCGGCAAGAAGGACAAACAUGAAAGAUGUUGUUGGGAUGCUACAGAAAAUCAAGAUUCAACUUCUUGCAUGCUGA